AUGUAUAUUGGACAAAAUGAGAUGAGCGAUAGGGCUAGGGCGUACCCCGCAGGCGACGCGCAGGGGCAGCACCCGGCUUCUGUGGGAAAUGGACAAGGGUUGUCGCACCAGCCCGGGUGGGGGCGACGUAAGAAGCAAGCCCGGGAACCUAAGUGUGUGAGAUUGAGGUAUGCCAGCUGGAAUAUAGGGACUAUGACUGGGAGGGGAAGAGAGCUAGCAGAUGUGAUGAAAAGACGACGUAUAAAUGUAGCCUUCUUACAGGAGACGAAGUGGAAGGGUGCAAGGGCUAGAGAGAUUGGGGACGGAUAUAAGUUCUACUACUGCGGGAGUAACGGCAAACGCAGAUAG